AUGGUCAUCCCGUUACCUCAUCCUUCUAUAUGGUAUCAGAGCCUAAAAAUCCUCAUGGAUACAUCGAUCCUCAUGGCAACCUCCUCUGAAGCUGCCGCUUCCUUCUUUAGUUUUCUCCCACCAGUAACCAAGAAACUAACUCGUAGCAACUACAACAUGUGGCUUGCUCAAGUCACAGCCACUCUGCAGGGCGCUCAGCUCUGGAGUUUCACCAAACCCACCACCAAACCCCCUCCUAAGUUUCUUGAGGUCGAUGCCGCCGCUGCUGCGGCAGCGGGCAACAAGGCGGAACCGGCCGUCAAUCCGGAAUAUGAGAAGUGGUUGGCCAAGGACAGCCAAGUCCGCAACUACCUCUUCACAUCCCUCUCCGAGAACACCUUCUCCCAGGUCGCGGACGCGACCACGGCGGCCGAAUUGUGGGCCGCAAUCCAGACGCUCCAAGCGUCCCAGUCCCGCGCCCGGAUCAUGUCCACGCGGAUGGCGCUCGCCACGGCAACCAAGGGGUCGUCAACCGUGGCGGAAUUCUUCACCAAGAUGAAGGGCUUGGCCGACGAGAUGGCGUCGGCGGGCAAGAAGCUGGACGACGAUGAGGUCGUCUCCUACAUCCUCAUGGGUGUUGGAGAGGAGUUCGAGUCGGUUACAUCUGCAGUUGCAAACCGUACCGACCCGAUUUCUCUCCCAGAGCUCCAGGCUCAGCUCGUGAGCCAUGAACAACGCCGUGAGAUCCACGAUGGCGGCUCCCACUCCUCCGUCAACUCUGCAGAAAAGGGCGGCCGUCGUGGUGGUCGUCCUUCCUAUUCUCGUGGCGGCCGUCGUGGUGGUGGUCGCGGCGGCUUCGGGCGUGGCCGCAACAGCGGUCGGAAUGGUGGUCGUGGUGGUGGCCACAACAACAACAACAACUUCACCAACAACACCUUUCUCGAAGGUGUGAUCUGCCAGAUUUGUGGUAGGGAAGGCCAUGGUGUGGAUCGCUGCUACAAGUAUGUCGGCUACCCACCAAAGAAGAGUGCAUCCGCAGCAACAACCUCCUACGGCGUGGACACCAACUAG